AUGUGGCUAGUACAACCAUCAGUUGAUGAAGAAAUACCAGAAGUCCGCCAAAUCAAUCUCGCGUUGGUGACAACGGCUCAAGAAGAAAAUACCAUAUUAAAUAAAUUUUCUGAGUUGCUGCCGCUUAUACGAAUCACCGCUUUCAUACUGCGGUUCCGCAACAAUUCAUUAUCAUUCAAAACUCAACAGUCACGGCAGUCUGGACCACUGACAGCAGUUGAAAUUGAGGCAGCCAAGCUUGUAUGGCUUCGUCAAGUUCAAGCUUUAUCAUUCCAAGAUGAACUAAGUGCGCUGAGUAAGGGGAAUUUAGUUUCCCCGAAAAGCAAACUGAAAUUAUUGAAUCCAUACUUAGAUUCCAAGCAUAUUAUCCGGGUUGGAGGCCGAUUAUCAAACUCCUCAUUAACUGAAAAUGCAAAGUUUCCUAUUGUUUUACCAUCACACCACAAGAUUACUCAAUUAUUAUUCAAAUAUGAACAUAUUCAAUUAUUGCAUGCUGGUCCUCAAGCAUUAUUAUCUCAUAUGCACCUUAGUUAUUGGCCAUUGCGGGGCAGAAAUAUAUCACACAUGACUGUUCAUAAAUGUAUAACUUGCUUCAGAUACAAACCUACCACUAUGCAACCAUUCAUGGCAAAUCUUCCACGAGAAAGAGUAACUGUAGAAAGGCCGUUUGCUCGGACAGGCAUUGACUUUUGUGGACCAGUACACAUAAAAAGUGGUGUCCGGAGGGUCACAUCAAUUAAGUCCUAUAUGCAGUGUUUGUCUGCCUAG